AGAGAUAUCUCCACCUAUAAAUUGUGCACUUUGGAGAACAAAAAACCCCUCAACUUCAAAGAGUCACAAAUCACCCUUAAUCAAAAAGGGUGCAGAAAUUUUUUUCGUCCCUCCCCGCCAUGAGCUCCUACGUAGCCAAUUCAUUCUAUAAGCAAAGCCCUAAUAUUCCUGCCUAUAGCAUGCAAACUUGUGGGAACUAUGGAUCUGUCUCAGAGGUGCAGCCAUCCAGGUACUGCUACAGUGGAUUGGACUUAAGCAUCACUUUCCCACCGCCUGCUCCUUCCAACUCUCUCCACGGGUUAGACAUGGCUGCCACUCCUAGACCUCACCCAGACCGACCCGCCUGUACCACGGUGGCAGCUCCGGGACACGCUCUGGGCAGAGACGAACCGGCUCCUCUAAACCCCGGGAUGUACAAUCAGAAGGCGGCUCGCCCGGCGCUGGAGGACAGAUCUAAGGGGAGUGGGGAGAUCAAGGAAGAACAGGCUCAGACUGGGCAGCCCGCAGGACUGAGCCAGCCACCGGCCCCGCCACAAAUAUACCCGUGGAUGACCAAACUCCACAUGAGCCACGAGACAGACGGCAAGCGAUCCAGAACCAGUUACACGCGCUACCAGACUUUGGAAUUAGAGAAAGAAUUUCACUUUAACCGCUACCUCACCCGCCGAAGGCGAAUUGAGAUCGCCAACAACUUGUGUCUCAACGAGAGACAGAUCAAGAUCUGGUUCCAGAACCGAAGGAUGAAAUGGAAGAAGGAUUCCAAAUUAAAAAGCAAAGAUGCUCUUUAAAGGGAAGAGGGGGAUGUGGGAUAUGGCAGUCCCUUCAAAUAGUUCCUCUAGUUGGCUUGAAUCUACCUUGGGGAAACUUUUCGUUUUCUUUUUCUUUUCUUUUUCUUUGAUUUUUGGUUUAUGUGUGUGUGAAAAAUUUUUAGGGGGUGGGGGCAGAGGUGUUGUGUGCGUGUGUGUGUUGGAGCUGGGGGGAUUUGUCACGGACUCUCCCAACCCUGCAGACAAAAGCGGUUUUCGAUUAGCAUUCAGCUUUUCCAACCGCAGCUUGGCUCAGAGUGUGCUGUUGUGUUCAGACACUUCUUCAGUCUGUCUCCCUAAACCCUCCUGGCGACCCAAUAACCCAGUGAAACCCUGUCGGGGGGGGGGGCUUACUAAAAUGAUCUAGACACCGGGACUCCCUGAUGGGCCAGGUGUGGGGAGGGAGAGAGCUCUUGGCCUUCAAAAUCCUCCUCCCGAACCUCGCCGCUACCAGUCGAGGCAGCAGCCCACAAACCCCCUAGCCCCAGUCUCUUGUUCCCUUCAUCUCUGCCUACGGUUCCUGAAGAAGGCCAGCACUGGUCUAUUCAGGGCUGGGGUGGUUUGGACCCCGCCCCUGCAACCCUCUUUGGGCAGAGCCACCACCUUUGGGCUCGAAAUGUGUGUAACUCCCCCUUUCAGCCGACCUUCAGCCUUUCUUUGUUCGAGGGGGCCCUGCUACAGAGCUGGCGAUUUAGGACCAGGCCCAGACCGGGUAUCUUUUCCUCAGUUCUAUGGUGGGAUUCUGUAGGUGUGGGUGAUGGUCUGUCUGACUGUGUGCGUGAGUGGGUUAAUUUGGGGAGGGGUGGUGUUUUGUUUGUUAAACUAGAUUUUCAUUAUUUUUUUAUGAUUUACAUAUGAAAGGGGAAAAAAUUGAAUGAACUCUGGACACCUUCCGGGCCCUCUUGAUAUCCCUAAGCAUUCCUCCUCUUUUCAGUUUUGGGGGAAAAUGUCACCCCAAACCAGUUCCCCGCAUGCCGAGGGCCGGCUCCCCGGAGUCCCUGCACUGUUUGUAUGUAUUGGGGUCUACCUUCAUGUGAUGUGCUCUCUGACUCCAGUAACCAACUCCAGGUGACCAUGUAGUCCCUUUCUUGCAACUUUCUUUGGGGGAAAAUUCCCCCCACCACUGUCACUCACGUAUUUAUUGACUCCGGGUCCAUUAUGAAACUAUAUUUUGUCAUAUUGAAUAAAGAACAAUAGACAU